CACUAUAUAUGUCUUCUGCUUGAAGUGCAUGCUUUGCUUUUCUUCACAACAAGAAAAUGGGUGCACUCGACUAUUUUGCCGACUUUUGCACUGUCACCAGCACAAGAACCAGGCGUAAACCUCUUCAGACUGUAGAGAUCAAAGUCAAAAUGGACUGUGAUGGAUGUGAAAGAAGAGUGAAAAAUGCUGUCACCAAUCUCAAAGGAGUGAAAUCAGUAGAGAUAAGCAGGAAGCAAAGCAAGGUGACAGUAACAGGGCACGUAGAUCCAAACAAAGUAUUAAACAAAGUGAAGAACACAGGAAAGAAAAGAGCUGAAUUUUGGCCCUACAUUGAGCAUAACUUAGUGGCAUAUCCUUAUAUUGCCGGAGCAUAUGAUAAGAGAGCACCUGCUGGCUAUUGUAAAGAUGUUCCUCAAGCUUAUCCUACUUAUAGUGUACCACAAGAGAACAUGUCCUCACUAUUUAGUGAUGAUAAUCCUAAUGCUUGUUCUAUUAUGUAACAAUUUUAUGUGCAAUAUAUGAUUAGUUUUGUUAAUGAUGUAACAAUCUUUACCAGUGUACCUAAUGUAAAAUUUAGCUACUUCUUCCGUUUCAA